AUGAAGUUCAUCACCGUCAGCUCCGCGCUCCUCGCGCUCGGCGAGACCGCCGCCGCUCGCAUGUACGCCCGCGACAACACCACCACCACCCGCAACGCCACCUACGACUACAUCGUCGCGGGAGGCGGCACCGCGGGCAUCGUGGCAGCCGAGCGUCUCGCCAACUCCGGGCGCAGCGUCCUCCUGCUCGAGCGUGGUGGCCGCUCCUUCUACAUGACCGGCAACAACAAGACGAUGCCCUGGAACAACACCGUCACCAUGUACGACGUCCCGGGCAUGUCGGACUACACCGGCAUUGACCCCGACCUCCAAUACUGCAAGGAUCUGGCUAUUGCUGCCGGAUGUCUGCUUGGUGGCUCCACGAUGCUCAACGCGCUCAUGUACGUCCCGCCUCGCGCGGCGGACUUCGCGUCCUGGCCUGAGGAGUGGCACUGGGAGAACGGCGUUGCCGAUGCGGCUGCCGAGUUCUACAAGCGUCUUCCGGGUACUACCCUGGCUUCGGAAGACGGCAAGAGAUACGACGAUGGUGCUUUCGAGAUCAUGUCGCGCUUCUUGGAUGCCAACGGCUGGAGCGAGCAGGAUGCCCUGAAGAACCCCGAGGCGAAGGAGUUGAUGUACUCUCACCCUCCUUGGUCGAUCGCCCACGGCCUGCGCGACAGCCCCGUCCGCGCCAUCCUCCCUGACGCCGAGGCCCUCCCUAACUUCACCCUCGAGCUCAACACCAAGGUCCUCCGCGCCAUCCGCGACGGUGGUCUCGUAACUGGCAUCGAGGUCGAGCACGACAGCGGUGCUCGCGAGAUUAUUCAGCUGGCCAAGGGUGGAUCCCUCGUCCUGGCCGCCGGCUCCCACUCGACCCCCCGUGUUCUCUUCAACUCCGGCAUCGGCCCGGCCUCCCAGAUCGAGAUCGUUGCGUCCGGCAACACCAACAUCAAGCUCCCUCCCAAGGAGCAGUGGAUCGAGCUGCCCGUCGGCGAGAACCUCAAGGACCACGCCAUCGCGACCGUCACCUUCACCACCAAGGAUGAGUUCAUUGCGCUCCCCAGCACCGCUUGGACCAGCCCCGACCAAACCAACAUCGAUCUCUUCGCCCACGGAAGCGGUCUCAUGGCUCAGUCGGGCCAGCGUCUGAACUUCUGGACGUCCGUCAACACCACUGAUGGAGCCACCCGCCACAUACAGGGUACUGUCCGUGGAGACGCCAACAACACCAUCGGCGUCAAGGUCUACCUCACCCACGGCACCACGUCCGUCGGCACCGUCGGAAUCACCGCUGACGGAGCUACCAACAUGACCACGAAGCCCCUUCUCCACACUGAGGGCGAUGUCGAGGCUUUGACCAAGAUGGUCGACACUCUUCUGCAGUACGCUCGCCAGCCCAACAGCAUCUUGACUGUCCCCGAGAACGCUACUGCCGAGGCCCUUGUCGCCGCCGCGGGUAGCGGUAGCCACUACCUGGGUACCACGCAGAUGGGAGCCGAGAACAACGGCAAGAGCGUCGUCGACCCCGAUACCAAGGUCUGGGGCACCGAGAACUUAUUCGUUGUGGACGGAAGCAUGCACCCUGAGGUUCCUACCGGUAACACGCAGGCCCCUAUUAUGGUUGCUGCUGCUUACGCUGCCAAGAGAAUAUUGGGUCUUCGCGCAUAG